CCACUUCUAAUGUUCAAUUAUACCCCUUAUCCUCUCUUCUCCUCAAUCUCGGUGUGGUGCUUCGGUUCUUCUGUGAUGUCAUAAACUCUAUCCAUGUCUAUGCCUUUCUCUCUCACAACCACGUCUUCCUUCAACUCUCUCACAAUGGCGGAAUCAUGCAUUCUCUCUCUCCCUUCUCUCUUCCGCGUCAAUAACAAAACCCUUUCUCUCUCAGUUCCCUCCAAGCGCCUCAACCUCAAGCUUCCAUGCUCCAAUUCUUCCUUCUUUCCCCUCACCACCAACACCACCCGCCUCCCCUCUCUCCUCACAUUCGUCGCCCAGACAUCGGAUUGGGCCCAAGGAGAGGAAGGCAACGCCAUAUGGGAGAACGAAGGCGAAACCGCGUGGGGAACUGAAGAAGGUGGCGAUGACGGCGCGGAGGAAGUCACCGGAGGGGGUUUCGCUCAACCACCCGAGGAAGUUAAGAUCUUUGUCGGGAACUUGCCUUAUGAUAUUGGUAGCGAGCAAUUGGCUUUCCUUUUUAAGGAGGCUGGCACCGUUGAGGUUGCUGAGGUAAUUUAUAAUAGGGUCACUGACCGGAGUCGUGGCUUUGGAUUUGUCACCAUGAGUACACUUGAAGAGGUUGAGAAGGCUGUCAAGAAGUUCAGUGGUUACGAACUAAAUGGAAGAGUGUUGACCGUAAAUAAGGCUGCUCCAAAAGGAGCACAGCCUGACCGCUCAUCACAGCCACCACGAACCUUGAGUUCUGGUACAAGAAUCUACGUUGGGAACUUGCCAUGGACUGUUGACAAUGCUCGGCUAGAGCAAAUUUUUAGUGAACAUGGUAAGGUUGUGGAGGCUCGGGUGGUCUUUGACAGGGAGAGUGGUCGAUCACGUGGAUUUGGCUUUGUCACAAUGGCCAGUGAGGCUGAUGUGAAUGAUGCGAUUGCUGCUCUUGAUGGUCAGGAAUUGGAUGGGAGACCAAUCAGAGUGAAUGUUGCAGAGGAAAGGCCUAGACGCAACUCCUACUGAGUGGUAACUUGAGAGUAAUCUUCCAUGUCCGACUGAUUGAGUUCCCUUUAUACAGUGUCAAUUUUUACCUUCUUUGGCAGCUGGUUUCAGAUUGAAUUUGCAGAUCUUACUGUUAUUAAUUCGAUGUCUAGAUGAAAAUGAUUAAAAGUUACAAUUCAAACUCUAGGGAUUUUGGAAAAACUAUUCAUUUUCUUUUCUCAA